CACACCGAACUCCACUGGCUCCCUAGGCCAUCGCCAAACCCUACCACAAACCCCGCCGAGCGAGCAUUACGCCGCCGCCGCCAUGCUCCGCCUCCAAAAGCGGUUCCUCUCUCUCCUCCGUGACGGCGGCGCCUCCCCUCUCCCCACCUCCCCCCUCACCUCCCUCCACCGCCACCUCUGCGCCACCGCCACCGCCACCGCCACCGCGACCACCUCCACCGAGUCCCCUUUCUCCGUCCAGGAUUACCUCGUCAACACCUGCGGCCUCACCCGGGCGCAAUCCCUCAAGGCGUCCAGGUCCAUCUCCCAUCUCAGGUCCCCCUCCAACCCCGAUGCCGUCCGCGCCUUCCUCUCGGGCCUCGGCCUCUCCAGCUCCGACAUCGCCGCCGUCGUCGCCGCCGACCCGAAGUUCCUCUGCUCCAAGGUGGACGGGACCCUCGCCCCCCGCGUCGCCAAGCUCCGCGAUCUCGGGCUAUCCCCUUCCAAGAUCGCGCGCCUCGUCUUGAUCGGCGCCCCCGCGUUGCGCUCCUGCGACGUCGCCAGCAGGCUUCAGUUCUGGAUCCCAUUGUUCGGCUCCUUCGACGAGUUGGUCAAUGCCGUGUCGAGGGGAGCUCUGGGAGGUGGUGCCCUCCUAAGGCGUGACAUUGACACAGUGGUCAAGCCCAACGUCGAGCUACUUCUGCGCUGCGGGUUAAAAAUCCCCCAUCUCGCCAAGACUGGCCUCAGUGGGACGUGGGUGAUCGUCUGCAGCCCAGAAAAGCUCCAGGUACUGGUCGCACGCGCAGAUGAGCUCGGGGUACCACGCGGCUCAGGCCAAUUCAUGUAUGCGCUCACCACCGUCUCCUGCGUGACCCAAGAGAAGCUUGCUGCAAGAAUGGAGUUACUGAAGAAGACCCUCGGCUGCUCUGAUGACAUGCUGAAGAUUGCGGUCGUCAAGCACCCAAGCCUCCUAAGAUCAUCUGAGGACAACCUGCGCAGCACGGUAGAGUUCCUGAUCAACAAGGUUGGUCUUGAGCCAGAGUACAUCGUGCGCAGGCCCGCGCUGAUCACUUACAGCCUGAAGACGAGGCAUGUGCCUCGGUAUAUUGUCAUGAAGAUACUGCAGGGCAAGGGACUUCUGAGUUCUGACUAUUGCUCAGUGAUUGCUGCGAGCGAGAGGUACUUCAAUUCAAGGUUUAUCGACUCUUACAAGGAGAGUGUUCCUGAGCUUGCAGAUGUGUAUGCCGCGGCUCGUGCAGGGAAAAUACCUCCUCACCUCCAACCUUGACACAUUUUAGGGAUAUUGAAGGUCAAUAUAUUUCCUCAUGGCCGUAGCUAUUCACAUAGCACUGCUGUUGUCUUUGUAUCUUCUUCAUUUUAGCAUUCUGACUGAAACUGAACUGCCACUAAUCUUAUUGACCGCCGCGACAAGUUCCGUUUGCUGAAACAUAUGAAAUGGUUAAGAUUUUGAUUU